AUGGCAAGCAAAACAGGAUUUGAAAAUCAAUCUUUGCCCACGUUUAGAAUCGACGAUCCUCCAAGAAGGCGUUACUCCUGUCCAAACGCCCCACAAAGAAGCCGAGUUAACUCUUCAUUCAGUUCUUUCUCAACCUCUUCAGAUCUACCUACUAAAGACGGCUGAUUAAAAAAAAGGUCAAAAAAUAUAUUCCACCGCUGACAAUGGAGAUAUUUUGUCUUGCAGAACAAAAAGUUGUCUUAUUUUCGUAAGAAAACCGACAUCCAGCCUGCAUAUGUAAUUAACUUUGACUUAGUUACUGUUGAUGUGCAAGUUAUAAAAGGGUGAAGUGGAAAAAAAAUAUAUUGAUGCUUUUCCGAUUUUUUUUUUUCAGUUAAAAGUGACUGAAAAAAUUUCUUCUGAGGAUAUAUAUAUUUUUAUAUGCUGUUUUUGAGUAAGAUGCACCAUUAUGUUUUUUCAACCCUCACUUUGUAUUUUCUUACUUUUUUAGUUAUUUUUUUUAAUAUUUAAACAUUUUCUUGAAAUUUUCAGUCACUUUUGACUGUAAAAAAGCAGAAAAAUGUAGUAUUUUUCACCUCACCAGUUAUAAACCCAAAUGAUCCAAGCUCACUAAUGAUAGUGCCGCUGGGGUCUAAACGAAUUUUAGAACUUAAAGCAAAAACUUCUCAAGAACUAGCAGACUGAGCUUUAGCCUUGCAUUUUCAUAUAAGUGUGUCAGAUGGUAGGACUAAAGAUUUAGUGACACUUAACCAAAAAAAGGAAUUUUGAAAAUUUUGAUAUACAGUUUUUAAUGAAUUUAGGAUAAAAAAUAAUUAAAAAAUAUAACAAAUAAUGAAGGAAAAUUUGAUAGAAUUUCAGAUUACCAGUUCAGACAAUCAGCUUCUACCGGCGAUAUUUUGCUUUUUAGAAGCAAAAAUAUAGCUGCGAAAAUACAAAGAAGCUUGACUCGAAGCAAAUUUGACCAUGUCGCUAUGCUUUUGUGCUAUUCUUCAGGCAAGAUUGGAUUACUAGAAGCUACUGGGCUGGAUGGGGUUAGCAUAGUGUUUUGAGACGAUUUUUUAAUGUAUAAUUGGAAUUUGUUGUAUACAAGAAUUGUAUAUAGAAAACUAAAUAUCGAAAGAUCGCAAAAGGUGCUGGACAUUUUGAGUGAUUUCGUUGACAAAGUUAAAGGAAAAGAAUAUAAAAUAACAGCACAGAAAUUAUUCAGAAAACGAGAAAAUUUAAAGCCGGGAUAUGAAAAAAAUUUCUUUUGCUCUGAAUUGAUUGCGUCUGCUUAUAAAUCAUUGGGGUUGCUUCCUGAUAACGUACCUUCAUCUCAUUAUUGGCCUGGACAUUUUGCAAAUGAAAAUAAAAUUGAACUAGUCGGAGCGUCACUUAGUCCAGAGUUGCUUAUUGAUAUGGAAUUAUAA